AUGGCAGCCGCGGCCGCCGCUCCUCCCGCCGCGCCUGCCGCCGCCGCGCCUGCCACCGUCUCUCUCUCGCUCGAGCGCUACCUCGAGUUCUGGCAGCUCCUGACCAAGGGCAGCGGGCGAGUGCAGCCGCUGUCUGGGCUGGAGCAGACGAUGCUCAAGGCCGCAGACUUGAAGCAGGCGAGGGCAUGCCGGCCAGCACUGAUGGUGCUUCUGGUCAACGGCCUCAAUGCAGGCAGCCGCCCAAAGAAGGAACUGAUGGACAGGCUGGGCCAGAUGGCGCUCAUCAACCCGGUGUGCGCGCCGCCCUCGGGUGCCGGCGCCGGCACCCAGGAAGGCACCGCCGAGCGCGGCGGCGCGGCGCCAGAGCCAGCAGCUGCGGGUGCCCAGGUGGCGCUGGAUCGGGGCGCCCUGGCCAGCCUGGGCAGCCUGGGGUGGGUGGCGCCCGCUGCGCUGCUCCCGCAGGCGGGCGCGUGCGGCGGCGCCUGCUGCGCCCUGCCCCCGGUGCGCAUCUUCCCUCCCGAGGCAGCGCAGGUGCCAGCCCCCGCAGCGAAUGGCGCGGCAGAGGCCGCACGCGCCCCUGCCCGCCACUCCCAGCCGCACCAGCUGCUGCCUUACGGUGGUGGCACCCAGCCCUUGGUGCCCGCCAGGUCAGCGCAGCAGCCCGCCGACAGCGACGUCACUGUGGCCUCGCUGGGCCCGCCCGCCUUCCAGCACAACGCCGUGCAGUGCAGCCCGGCGGUGGCGCAGCAGCAGCAGCAGCAGCAGCAGGCGUGCAGGGUGGGAGCCGCGGCGCAGCGCCCUGCAGGCGCCGCAUCGGCAGCGCCGGCGCCCGAGGUCGGCGUGGCUGGCGGCGCCGGCAGCGAGGCGCCGGAGCAGGAGGAGGGGCAGGAGGGGGAGGCGGCACUGCCUGGCGCACCAGAGUGGCUGGCGCGGGGCGUUGCGCGGGUGGCGGAGCGCUCGCAGGGCAGCAGCGAUGCCGUGCCGGCUGCGCAGCUGCAGGGGCGCAGGGUGUGCUUUGUGCUGCUGGAGGACUUUGACCAGGAUGACCUGCUGGGUGUGACAGACACGCUGGAGGCGGGGGUGCAGGAGGGGCAGGUGGUGGACCCCGUGGGCGUGGAUCACGACGAGGACUGCCCGCCUGGCUGCCGCCAGCGCCACGCCUUCCACUACGUGCGGGUGCGGGCCAGCCGGUCCACGGCGCCGCUGGCGCGCAGGGCGGGGCGGCGCCUGGACCUCGUGGUGGACCUGCAGGCGGCGCUCAGGCGGCCCGAGCUGGAGUGCCUGCUGGGGAUGGGGGAUGCGGAGCUGCAGGAUGCCUGGGUGCUGCUGGAGCCGAGGCAGGAGGAUGAGGGCGAGGCGGAGGCGGAGGCACAGGAGCAGGGCCCCGCCAGCACAAGAGGAGCAGCCCACAUGCAGGCACCUGGCAGCACAGCAGCCGGCAAGCCCCCGCUGGCAAAGCGGGCGGCAGCAGGAGCCGCACAGGGCGCGCGUGGGAUUGGCGAUGGAGGGUGGCGCACCAAGCGUGGUGGACAGGCGGCACCCGUGGCAGCCGCCCCCGCCCCCAAGCGGCAGCAGACGGCGGUGCAAGCGUAGCAUGCCAGGCAGCGAGGGGGACUGGCUUGCACAUUAGAAUUCAGGGCCACAAGGCAUUCCAGCAUGCAAGUACAAGAAGCAG